AUGGAUUCCGUUAAGAUCUUCAAAGGCUACGACAAACUACAACACCAUCCAAACCCAAAACCCAAACCCUUCACCGCCACACUUUCCAUCCUCGCAAUCCUCUUCCUCACCUUCACCUUCGCCUUCGCCCUCGCCUCCAUCCUCCACCACCACCACCACCACCACCACCACCACCGCACCGCCACCGAGUCACCCCAACACCAACAACUUCUCAACUCGGCCGAGUCCAUCCGAGUCGUCUGCAACGUCACGCGCUUCCCAGGCGCCUGCCUCGCCGCCAUCCCGCCCUCCCCCAACGCCACAAGCCCCCAGUCCAUCCUCGCCCUCUCGCUCCGCGCGUCCGUCCACGCGCUCCGCAGCGUCGCCUCCACGCUCGCCGCCGCCCAGGGACACGCGCUCGCCGACUGUGCACACAAAGUGAUUGUCACUACGGUUUCGGUUUUGGAUACUCAUAGCUGCGAUAGUGCAUAG